AUGUCUUUGACUUAUAUUAACUUGGAGAACAGUCCUAAUAAACAAAAAUCUUUUGGUUUAGCAAGUGGAAUGAUUGAGGAUUUUUUACAUAAUCCAUUAGAAAUGUUGCGUACUUUGAAAUGUAAUAAAAUAAGCGGCAGUUGGGAUUUAGGAAAAAUAAAAGACAUUUUGAAUAAAAUAAAGAAUCUUGCCUAAUAAAAUAAUAAAAGUCAUAAUAUUAUAGAUCCACCAAAGAUUUCUUAAGAGAAUGAAACAUCAUUAGAUAAAAUUGGUAAUUUUGAUAAUUUGUACAGUUCAUUUUAACAUUCUUAAAAAUAUGAUAAUAAACCAUAAAGAAUUCAAUAAGUCAUCAAAAACUUCAAAAAUAGAGUGAUAUAUAGAUCAUAUAAAUCUUAAUCAAUAUAACCAAAAACAAUUCAAUAACCUAAGAAAUGUAAAUUAAUAAGCAAAGAAUUAGAAUAAAAAUUAAAUAGUAUAAAUUAAAAAUAUGCUAUGAAAACAAAUUAAAUGGAAGUAAAAAGUAAAUAUAUGGACUAUUAUUCAUAAAAUACAAAUAUUUAAUAAACAAAAAACACAAACUUUAUUCGUCCUUAAACUACCUUUUCAGCAAGAAAGACAUAUUCAUUUCGAAAUGAAAAAACUUAUGAUUUAGAUUAAAAAUUUUAAAUAAGUGCAAGAACUACUAGUAAAAGAGUAUAAUCAGGAUAAUAAAUUAAAAAUUUUGUGUUAGAAAAAUCAAAUUUAUCAAUAAUUGCUAAAAUAAUGAAAAAAUCAUAAAUACAUAAAAAAGUUAAUCUAAAAAAAUAUGAUUUAGAAAAUCAUGAUAUCUAACCUACAUUUAUGUUAGAUGAUACUGAUUCUUAAACAAAUAAAUUAAUUAAAUGCAUAUAAUUCAAUCCACUCAAUUCAAUUUAAUAAGAAUAUAAAAAUUUUAUGCCAAAUGAUGAUGAUUUCAUUGUUAAAUUAAAUUUCUAAUAAAUCCAAUCCAGAGAAAAAACAUAAAAUCCUAAUAAAUAAAAAGUAUUCUAUUCAAAAGCAUAAAGUUAAUAUAUUCAAGAUUCUAUUUGA